GGGAGAGUAUAAAUUGAGCUGAGUUGUAACAUAUACAACUUCUCGUGCUUGGGAGAAACACCUCCCAGCGUCACUUUUGGAGAGGGUUUUCCUAAUGAAGCAGAAACCCCAGCCCUGUCCUGUCCCUGCAUAGUUCAGGGCUAUUGAGCAGAGGAUCUCCUGCCUCUCCUGCUCCCACCCCCUGGCCCUCCUAUGGGAAUCCAUGUGGCCAGGGGAGGGGGCAGAGCAGCCCUCCUUUUAUAAGCCUGGCCUCACAGCACAUCCAGGUUGGCAGGAGUGACAGGAGGCUUGGCUUGCUCUGAGAUCCCCACCUCCCAAACCCUGGGGUCCCUGGGAUGACCAAAGGAGGAAUGGAGUCAGUGGAAUUGUUCACAACUGAAGGCAAAGGCAGGGGUUUGAAAGCCCAGAAGGAAUUCUUGCCCGGGGAUGUCAUCUUUGCAGAGCCAGCCUACGCAGCCGUGGUUUUUGACAGCCUGACACACGUCAUCUGCCACACCUGCUUCAAGCGGCAGGAGAGGCUGCACCGCUGCGGGCAGUGCAAGUUUGCCCACUACUGCGACAGGACCUGCCAGAGAGCAGCCUGGCUCAACCACAAAAAUGAGUGCUCUGCCAUCAAGAGACACGGCAAGGCACCCACCGAAAACAUCAGGCUGGCUGCCCGCAUCCUGUGGAAGAUGGAGCGGGAGGGCAGCGGGCUGUCCGAGGGCUGCCUGGUGGCCAUCGAGGAGCUGCAGAACCACGUGGACAGCUUUGGAGAGGAGGAGAAGAAGGAGCUGCGUGCUGACGUGGAGAGUUUCCUGGAGUUCUGGCCGCCCCACUGCCAGCAGUUCGGGAUGCAGCUCAUCUCCCACAUAUUCGGGGUGAUCAGCUGCAAUGGCUUUACCCUCAGUGACCAAAGAGGACUGCAGGCUGUCGGUGUGGGAAUCUUCCCCAACCUCUGCCAGGCCAACCACGACUGCUGGCCCAACUGCACUGUCGUCUUCAACAAUGGCAAUCAUGAGGCUGUAAGAUCAAUGUUCCACACACAGAUGAGGAUCGAGCUGAGGGCCCUGAGCAAGAUUUCCCCGGGGGAUGAGCUGACAGUUUCCUACGUGGAUUUCCUCAGCCUGAGUGAGGAGCGGCGGAAGCAGCUGAAGAAGCAAUAUUACUUCGACUGCACGUGUGAGCACUGCAAGAAACAGCUCAAGGAUGACCUGAUGCUGGCAGUGAAGGCAGGGGAAAGCAAGCCCUCUGCAGACACGGUGAAGGAGGUGAUCCAGCUCUCCAAGGACACACUGGAGAAGAUCAACAAGGCCCGCAUGGAUGGACAUUACCACGAGGUUGUGAAGCUGUGCCGUGACUGCCUGAAGAAACAGGAGCCUGUGCUGGGGGACACGAACAUCUACCUGCUGAGGAUCCUCAGCAUUGCCUCCGAGGUGCUCUCCUACCUCCAGAUGUUUGAGGAAGCAGCUGACUAUGCCAAGAGGAUGGUGGAUGGCUACCUGAAAAUUUACCAUCCCAACAACGCGCAGCUGGGGAUGGCCGUGAUGCGGGCGGGAGUGACUCACUGGCACGCUGGCCUCAUUGAAGCUGGCCACGGCUUGAUCUGCAAAGCCUAUGCCAUUCUCCUGAUAACCCAUGGACCUUCUCACCCAAUUACCAAAGACCUGGAGGUCAUGCGUGUGCAGACGGAGAUGGAGCUGCGCAUGUUCCAGCAGAACGAGUUCAUGUAUUACAAGAUGAGGGAAGCGGCCCUCAAGAACCAGAAGAUCCAAGUCAUGCCUGAGCCCAGCAAUGAGAAUGCACCAAGCCUCUUCCACAAAAAGGAAUAGACCCAGAGCUUGACACCAAUUGAUGCCUGCAGGGUUCCAUCACCCGUGGCACUUCCAAACACUGGGAAUGGGAUACAGCAGUGGGAUAUAUCCACAAGGAUUGUUUCCAGUGGCACAAGUCUGACAGCAUAGACCUGCUGGGGGAGCAUCCUGAAAACUCUUCUGAGGGCUUAAAGCAGAAGAGGUCCUGGCAGAAACGACAUCCCUUUUUCUAUUACUAAGGCAUUAAAUAAUCAAAGAAAAACACCCUGUUAUAAAUUUAUUUACAUUUUUAUUGGAAGCGUGUUUCUCUCUACACACGUCCUGGUUCUGAA